GUUGAAGUUCGUUGAUACACGGUGCAUGGCCGUAGAACUAGAAGUAGAAAAAGAAAUAGUUUUUAGCGUCGGGGUCGGUUUCAGUAUGAGUUUCACCAUCAUCUCUUUCCUUGCUCGAUACAACUGAGAAAACCGUUUUUCUCAACAGGAGAUCGGAUUUCAUUUAUGUACAGUCGUCUUUCGGAAACAGAACGAAACAACCACGUAUGCCGGUUCUAUUCGUUGACGCGUCGUAUAUGUUUUCCUCCGAAGGAGGCAGUGUGGGAAAACAAGAAGAGGAACCAAACGCACGAUUUCUCGGGUCAUGUCCAGAUUCCACUGUUCGCCCUUCACGCGGCCCCUUGUACGACGCAAAACUGCUCGAGAAAAUUUGUCGUGGCUUCCUGCGAACAAAGGUAUCAAGCUCGACCGCGCACCGGCGCAGCUCAGCAGCUGGAGCUGAUUCAUCUCGUGGCACAGCUGCUUUUUCAUCUGGAAAAAACGAAAUUGGUGCCGCGCCUUCGGGUAGCGCGCUUGAAGAUGAUGUUGAAGAAGAUAGUAGAACUACAAAUGAGAAAGUCCUGGCAGAACAGCGGCCGGACGAAAAGCUAUUCCGCAUUCCAGGCUCAAGUACAGCCGCAGCCAUCCCGAUUCCCGGUUUGAUUUACGCCGACGAUGACGUCGAGGAGGAACAAGGACAAGGAGUUCUGAAGCACGCUUCUGAGCAGCACCAGCAUGCCUCCCCUUGUUCCUCGGCUCAUGGUCCUCCUAGGAUGGUUCACCUUCUCAGCGGAAAUCGCUCGGCUAACCUUGCCUCGCCUGAGAAGAUAUCAGACCAACAGCAGCUCCGGCAACUUGCCGCCUCCGUGCCGAAUAUUCUCGGCGUGAUUUUUUUGCUGGACGCAACAAACCGGAAAGAAUUGCACAGAGCGCAUGUACGAAAUGUUGGAAAUUUUCUAGGCGAGAAGUUGAUGGUCCUGCUGUUUCCCGCUGGUGUGGCUGUUUGUGCAAGGAUGUUGACUAGGUAUGAAUGUAUCAUCCUCGUCAAAGAACUGCCGCGAAGUCGCUCUUUGUGUUUUCCUUUGCUGGCCUCCUGGCCACUUUUCAUCUUCGUUGAGGUGUGAGAUGAAAUGCUGUCGGUGCACAGAGCCAGCAGGCAGCGCGACAACGAACAGCACUAAGAUCUCUCUCUUUCACUCCGCUUCACUGUGGGAAUACUAACUAACUAACUUUGCGCCAGUGCGUGGUAAGCAGUUGCUCGCCACAGCUUGGAUAAUUUCUUAGCUUGCAAUACGGGCUUUGUUCACCGAACUUUUUUCGACUCUGGAGCAGAAAUUUCUCGCCCAAGUCGGCGGGGCCGCAGACGCUGAGGACGACGUGGGAGACCACGAGCAAGACGAGCACAAGCGUCGUGUCGGAGCACGACCAGCCUCAAGCAGUAGAGGAAAGGGUAACCGCGAGCAGAAGAAUCUGAAUGACUAUGACAGCGGCGACAGCCUCGCUGCAGCGACAAGCGCCGACGCCGAGACAUUUAUGGCAGCUUUGCCAUCAAUGCCCUCCGCAGCUCCGCAAGUAGCGAAUGAACGAGAUGAAUGGACAGAAAGCCAGCAGGAGGAGCAUCUUCACGCGCUGUUACACACGCUGGAUGCGUCGGAUUCGCAGAAUGUUUUUUCCGCAAACGAAAUUGUGGGGGGAACGACGGACCUUACUUCAGAAGUGCUGGGACUGACGUCCGAGGACCUGCGUCGAGCCGAUCUGGGAGGAACAAACGGCAGGACCACGGACACAACGAUUUUGAACACUGCAGGAGCAGUGCCCGGCGCUGCUAAUGUCGGUCUUCGCGAGAAUAAUGGAAAAAUUCAUGGCGCCAGGAGCAGCAGGAGCCCAACAAACCAUGAUCCAGAGGACUUACUCCUGUUCCCGGAGCUCGGCUCUCCCACGGCAAAGCAGCGAGACGCCACGCAGCGGGAAUUUCACGAACUAUACCUGACCGGCAAGACCUUGGUUCAAGAAGCGCAGCUUGCUGUCGGGCGUCAUAGUGAUAAUCCUCAUCAUGACGGCGGCGGCGAUCAAUACAGGGUUCCUCGUCCUCCUGGGGGCAUGAAUGCUGGCGAAAAUAAUGUUCCUUCGGCACAACGGCAAAAGACAUACCACAAGAAAAACAUUUUCAAAAUUUCUUGGCUGUUUCUGGCAAACGAGCCACAGGGGAGCGACAUGAAUUUCUCGGGUACUAACAAGUCCGUUGCCAGAAAAUCUCUGCCGCUGUCCCCCCUGCAAAUUGCGCAGGAAUUUCGCCUACACGAGGUUUUUUCAUCUUCGGAGACACCAGUUUUUAGCCUCGCACGCAACGGAAAAGCCGACUACAGCUCUUUCGAGCCUUCGUUUCUCGUGCAGCCCUGCGCCCUUUCUGUUUUCGAAGAGGUGAGCGAGGAGCUGCAGGAAGGUGGUGGUCCAGGAGGUGCUACAACUCGUCGUGGUCCCUCUGUUGAUCCUAGAAUUCUAGGUGGCACCUCUGAUGUGCAACUACAUCGUCGGAAUCUCUUGACCAGUUUGGAGCGAGACUACGGACUGAAACAGGGAAUCGAUUGGCUUGUGCAAAGACUGGUGUUCGCCGGGCAAUGUCGAAGGGUUGUUCAUGGAGGACAGAAAGAAAAACUUUCUGAUUUUCAGUCCACCUCCCAGGCGAAGAGUGUAGUAACUGGGCAGCAAGAGGAGUGAGACUGCAUCUACUUCGGAGGUACUAACGCUCUCUUGUAGUUCUUCAUCUAAGCAUGACGAAGGCUUCACAGCUAUCGCCUAAAUUCUCGAAGCAGUAUCUGGACAAAAAUAAAUUCGCAUUCGGCGCCGCACCAGGAUAGACCCUAGACAAGUACUGUGUCUGUUCAUAACUGCGACCGUUGAUCCAUAUCUGUAUCUGGUGUUGCGGAAAAACGCAAUUGUGUGAAAGAAAGAGAAAUAUAAUAAAGUUGCAAU